AUGGUGAGGGCCGCGCUCGCUCGGGUGAUUCCAGCCGUCUCCGGCCGACCUAGCAGCCACGCCGCCCUCGGCACGCGUCCUCCCAGGCCGCCGCGCCCGCCCGCCCCCGGUGAGGCCGCACCCGCCACCGCAUUUUCACAUCUUGCACAACAUCUUCAUUAUUCAGAAAAUGAGAACUAUGACAUAGUUUUACCGCAUUACACAACUGAAAAGAGCAGCAAAGAAUUUAAGGCCGAUGCUAUGGAGAUUAUAAAACUUAUCUUGGCCAAGUGCGGUGGAAUUCCUGGAGUUAUUGUUGGUAUUGCUGAAAUAAUAGGUGCAAACAUAAGAUCAUAUAUGGGUACCAAAUUUCUUGAGGUUCUAAAUGAUCAUUUUAUGGGCAACUUGGAGACCUAUAGUAAACGUCAUUGGGUGUUUGAGAAAACAAAACCUGAUAAUUUUAGGGGUCUACUUUCAUGGAUGCAGUCCUACUUUGAUGCUUGCUCGGAUUCACUCAAGCCAUGUAUCUUCUAUCUAUCCAUCUUCCCUAGGGGACACAACAUUAGGCGAAGGCGAUUGCUGAGAAGAUGGAUCGCAGAAUGCUACUCUAGAGACACAUCUCGUGGUACAUCAGAGGAGAAUGGGGAGAAGCUGAUCUCUGAACUCGUCGACUUGAGCAUAAUCCAGCACAAAACAAGCAAGGUCCUCUGCCAAGUAAAUGGUUUUUUCCAUGAAUACAUCAUCUCACGGCCACUGGAAGAUAACCUUGUCUUCGCACUGGAGAGGAAUUGCAGCCUGAACUCAGAACGUGCAGGGCAACAUCUCACCAUAAGGAGCAUCUGGGACAGGGACGACAUGACAGUGUUUACAAGCAUGGACUUGUCACGUCUACGGUCAUUGACAGUGUUUGGGAAGUGGAUGCCAUUCUUCAUCUCAACAGAUAUGAGACUGCUUCGGGUGCUAGAUUUGGAAGAUGCAUCUAGUAUAACAGUUGAUGACCUUGAGCAGAUUGGGAAGGUUCUCCCUCGCCUCAAGUUCCUUUCUCUACGAAGAUGUAAGAAUAUUUGGCGGCUGCCAGAAUCUUUGUGUGGCCUGAGCCAGCUGCAGACUCUAGAUGUCAGAUACACCUUCAUAGUCAUGCUGCCACCGGCUAUCGUCAGGCUAAAGAAGUUGCAAUAUGUCCGUGCUGGAAAUGCUAUAUCAUCGUCUGAUGAAUAUGAUGAGACUGUUGCAAGCUUACCAGCAGCAGGCGUAGACAGGACAGCCACACCACUGGAGGAUGGUGAUGAUGGCACGGCCGCAACCAUGCAUGCACAAACAGGUGAUGUUCAGACAUCAACACAUUCAACGAGCUGCAUGCCACGUAGUUCGGUAUCAAGCUGGUUGUCCAAGUUUUGCCGCACACGCCGACUUGAUAAUGGCGGUGUCAAGGUUCCUGCAGGGAUUGGGGAACUGGCGGCCUUACAUACUCUUGGUGUUGUAGAUGUCAAUGUGGCAGGUGGUAAGGCCAGCCUGAACGAGCUCAAGAAGUUUACACAGUUGAGAAAGCUUGGGGUGUGCGGUGUCAGUCGGGAAAACUGGCAUGACUUGUGUUCUGUCAUCUCAGGUCAUGCCCAUCUCGAGUCUUUGUCGGUUCAGGUCAAUAAUGAUAAGGAGGGUGUCUAUGCUCGCCUGGAUGACAUCACACAGGCACCAAUGACCCUGAAUAGCCUUAAGCUGUAUGGGCACGUACAGAUAUUGCCAAGCUGGAUCAUGCACCAUGAGAAUCUCAAAAAGGAUGGCGAACUACGUGUUGGUAAGCUGGAAGAUGGUUCCCGCGAGCGUCGUGAUUGGUCUGGGAAAGAGUUCAGAGUCCGGGUCCUCGAGAUUGAUUGCAGCUGCAGGUUGCACGUAACUUGUGGGCACUGGGUGAACAUGUAUGUUGAGCUGCUGAUUGUUCGCUGCUCUAGUGGGUCAUCUUUGGAGGUUUCUGGGCUACAGUAUCUAUUUGGUCUCAAUGAAGUGUGGCUUAGGGGUUCCUAUGGUGACGAACUCAAGGAAGACUUGCAGCGCCAAAUUGAUGAGAUGCCCGAGGAUACGAAGAAACCUGUACUGAAGCUCGAGGAAGCACAACGACAUUCAUCGUGA